AUGAGCGCCACAAGAACAAGCCUCGUAAAACCAUCUACAGCUUCAUCUGGGAUGAGUCGGAAGGGAGGUUACAUCAACGUUGAUGCAUCAAAAGCAACAGCUCCAUCAUCACUGAAUUCUGCAGCCGCUUGCUCUUCAAAUAACAAUGCAAAAAGACCCCUCUCUCAACCCAUGAGGCAUUACAAGAAGAGUACGAAUUCUUCGAACCCAACCUUGUCAUCAAACAAACAGCAAGCUCCACCCUCAACAGCAAGUUCCGUAAGUGCUGGUGCGGCCAAACGAAAAGUUUCAAGUCCAACUACACCCACUCAGAAAGCUGCCACAAAUUCCGACAAUGGCCUACACCAUCAAGACUAUCCAACACUGUAUCGCAGAGUUUCAUUAAAGGACGAAAAAGCUGUAUUAUUGAAUGAGGAGGAAUUACAUCAUGAAUUUGAACGCCAAAAGAGGAGGCUGGAACGAUUGGCACAAUUAAUGAAACUACCAUCGAUUGAUGUCGAGUACUUUAUUAACACUUAUGGAACAGAAUACAGCACAACUAAUCUACAUCAACUAUCUACGGUUGUAGAUCUAUUGGAAAAGCACAAGCGAAGGACAAUUGAAGUUACAGAAGCAAUAAGACAUCGAGAAGAAAUAAUAGAACAAUUGUGUUGUCUCAUCGACGAUUUUCACAACCUCAAAGAAAAUAACCCCGGUAUUUUACUCUUUGUGCAACGAGAAGCCCUCGUUCUUCAAAAAACACUUCAGCACAUUGGAACGAAAGUUGUUGAGCUUAUCGAUAAAUGGAGGAAAGAUUUAAGCUUGGAUUAUCCAUUUAGAUUCAAGGAGCAUUCAAAUUAUUUACUCAAGAUGAGAUACGAUUUGGAAUUUGUAGACUAUAGUGAAAUUGCACCUUAUAUUUUCCCCUUUAAAGGUCACCCUUUACUUGGGAACGUACCUAGCUUGUAUUACGAGAGUAUUGACAAGAUGCUAGAAGUUCAGGAUAAGAAAAAUCCCUCUCUUACAUCGACUGUAACAUAUCCACUAACCAAACAAAAGCUAAAAAUGGCUGAUGCAGCCACAAGUGCUGAAAGAAAAUUAACAAAAUUUGAAGCUAUUAUUUUGAAAGAGGAAGAAAAUGAGAAGGCAACAAAACAUUUUUUAUUUACCUUAAUUAAGAAAGGAAAAUUCAUAUCAGUCCUUAAUGUUGAAGAAGGAGAGUUUGAUCUGAGUUUGGAGCAGCAACUUAAAAUUCGCAACAUUUUCACUGACAAUCCAGAACACGUCGUGUCAUUCUUUGGGUUAAGUGGGAAAUUGUCAGUGACACACCAAAUUUCUUCACACCAAUUGGUCACUCUUGAUAAAACGGACACCCUUUCCGAAGAUACCACAAAAUCAGAUAAAUUGGUGUUACCAGACAAUACGCAACAACAUAAUGAGGGGAACAAUGUAAACGAAAAUAAUGGUUACACCUCUGAUGGAACAGAUGACGCUAUUGAAUAUAUAGUACUUAAUCAUUCACGACGUCAUGAAUCGAAUGGUCAUUUAAAAACAGAUGAACCAUCUUUUAAUCAACAUCAUUACGAUGGAUCUGGAGAGGAGAGUGAAAAGGAGCCCAUAAAACGCACUGAUGUUGGCAAUUCAACAACUCAACAGCUAUCACUUGCAGAAAUCAGCUCCAUAUCUAAUCCUUACUUGGAAGACCAAAACGAUCCCUCCAAUACUUCUGACACACACCAAAUUGCAGAUUUAUCUCGAAUUGAGAAAGUAGCGGAACUUUGUAACGACAGUAUUGAGCCAGUGCUACUGGCUGAAGAGCAGCCUCUCGAAACACACAAAUGUCAACACAUGAACGACACUGUUUAUUCACAUCUUGGUACUCCCCACGAGCCUAACAAUGAAGUUUAUCCUCCCUCCCCUAAGUAUUCUGAAAGAACUGAAGAAUCUGUAGAUCCAUCACAAAAUAAUCAUUUUGAUGAUUUUUCAUUUUCUUACACGAACCCUUACGAUGAAUUUUCUCCAAAACCAUCCCAUAGCGAAACUAGCCAGCCUUCCAACCAAACAACAGUACAAAGCUCCACAACUCCACUCCAGUCUCCUCCUUCUCAACAAUACUCGCAUGCUUCACGAAGCUCGUCCUUCAGCUCAAUCCAAUCAGACUUUGAUGAAGCAGCCUAA